AUGUCCACGGAUCCCCCCAUCCGACGAACUCUAUUACAGGAUGCUCACCAGACACAAACAGCUCAAAUGACUUCAUUUCAGUUUGCGCCGCAGCAGCUCCCUCAGAGGGAAACACAAAAGAAUUAUGUCUUCGUCGAUGAGCACAAUCGCCACAAGCGACUCAAAGUUAUGAGAGCCUGUGAGGGCUGUCGAAAGAGGAAGAUCAAAUGCGAUGCAGCCACAACUAACACAUGGCCAUGUUCUGCUUGCAUCCGGCUCAAGCUUCACUGCGUGCGGCCAAACGGCUAUGAAGGGUCAGAUACAUCCACCACAUAUGAUGCCGUCUCGGAUCCUUCUUCGCAGUUUCAGCAAAUGCCCAUGGGAGGGCAGCCUGGGCCGGAUUCCUCGAAUUCGAUGCCGGACUUGUACCCAGACGCCUUUGUGGAUCGAGACCAGACUGCCUUUCAACAAGUUUCCUUUGACACUGUACCGGGCCAGCACAAUUUGCAAUACUCGACCAUGUCAGCUGCGGCGGUCCUGGACCAUGGGUAUGGGGAGCCCGACGCCUUCGCGACGCAGGCAAUGCGACAGGGGCCGAGACAGGAACCAUCCCCAGGACCACAGUCUGUCGACUCGUACCAGCAGCAGGAUCUUGCAGACCUGCUAGGUGGGCUGAAGGUGGAUGAAGUUGGAACGGCGCCCUAUUUGAGGAACAAGGCUUCGUUCCGCCGCGAAGAACAGCCAGCCGUGGAGGACGAGGACGAUUACGGCUCCAUUCUUCCUACCGUCACAGCAAUACCAGGCCACAAAAUACGCAUUCCUCCAGCGUUGAUGCCCGACGAGGCUACCGCUCUACUCCAUUUCGACCUUUAUUUUCGCCAUGUACAUCCCUAUGUCCCCGUACUGGAUAAAGUCACAUUUUACCAACAGUGGAACACCAGACGAGAGUCUAUUUCUCCCCUCAUUCUUGAGGCAAUCUUUGCCAUCGGUGGCCGGCUGGCCGAGGAGCCAGCACUGGGACAGCAAUGGCUUGCACUUGCAUCAAGACAUGCUGACUCUUUCAUGGAUGUACCCAGACUAAGUACCCUACAAGCUUUACUGAUGAUGUUGAAGGCUCGCGAAGCUGCUCCAAAACGAGGAUACUUCUAUCGCUCUUGGAUGCUCGUCGUACAAUGUGUACAGAUGGGAAAGGACCUUGGGCUUGAUGAACACUUUGAGGACCACCAAGCUGGAGUCCCUUGUGGUUUCACGACUGCUGAGUGCCGUCUUCGAACAAGGAUAUGGCAGACUAUAUUUGUUUGCGAGAACAUGGUUGGCACCCCGCAAGGGAGACACGACUUAACCGUGAACCACGAGUCUGUGGACUUUGAAGCGCCUCGCCCCAUUCCAGGGGGGGACGACGGCGAAUACCACGUUUCUCGCAACUUCGCCUACCUCGCGCGCAUUGUGCGAAACAUCAGGAAGAUGAGCAUCGUCUAUGCGAAACUGAGAAGAACCAAGGACUGGGGCGUCAACCCCGAGUUUCAGCAGCUUGAGCAAAUGAUUUCAGCGUACCUUGCCGAAUUGCCUGGCGAUCUGACCGUCAACUACCCCCUUGACAGCUCCCCCCCGUAUUUGCCAUCAUCGUUCCUGGGAAACUUGCAUUCAUAUUAUCAUCUCCUGCAAAUCCUGUACCACCGACCGGUCCUGUCAUUCCUCGACCCCACCGCAAACGAGACGCAAUGGAAGCAUCACAUGAUGAUCUGCUACAAUUCUGCAAAGGCCCUUUGCCGCCUGCAAGAGGCGAUCCUGAAACAGUUUGGCCUGGUCGAUCUCCAGAGCAUGCAGCGCGGGUUCAGCUUCACCUUGUACGCCGGCCUGUCCUGUAUUGUUAUUCACCUGGUCGCCAUCGUAUCACCCGAUCCCGAUCUCAAUGCCGACGCCCGCGAGUACUUUGAACGCCAUAUGAGGCUGAUGGAAACGGUGAUGGAAGCUUGGCCGAUGCCAGACUUGCAGAAGCAGGUCGACGCCAUCCGCGAGGCAUUUUCGGCGGACGUGAGGCGGCCGUUUGUACUCAGGCCCUCAUUCCCCUACGGAAGUCCACAUCCAUCAAACCAGUCAAGCCCGCCGCGAGGAACCAUGGCCUACCAAGCCUCUGUGAAACGUGCCGGCUCCAUGGACCAACACCUGGAUCCCGCCAACCAACGCGUCACCUAUAUGAGCCAUCCCAUGACACCUCCAGUUUCCGUGGCCCCAAUGGACAGCAGAAGUGACUCUCCGGCCGUACCGUCGCUCGUCGUGAUGCCGCAGGAUGGCCAGGUCCCGGACUUGCAACAGUCAAUGGGCCUUGCCAGCAACCCGCCAACUUGGAACCCGGCGCGUAUUUUCGAACACUGGAACACCUCGUUUGGUACGCCAUCGCAGCCCGACGCCCUCGCAAGCUCCUCCGCUUCUCAGGCAACAUUGCUGAACGUUUGUGCUCCAGGUGCCCCAGACCAAACUGCCAUUGCGGACCAAGCGCCGAAUCAUUCCUCAUCCCCAAGCACGCGGCAGAUGGGCCAUCAACAGUAUUCCACGACGACCUCGGUGCCCAACUUUAUCACUCCUGCCAUGUGGCGCGAGUCCGUGGCCAGCGUCUACGAAGGGGGUCUCAAGCGGUCCUGGGACUAUGACAACGGCAUGGCAUCCUUGAAGCGACCAUGA